UUUGUUCAAGACAGCUGGAAUAUGGCACAAGAGUGUGUUCUUGAACUUGCUGGUCUGGUGCUAUUAUUUCUGGCCUUGUUGAUGUCGAUGAGUCUCAAUGUCUUUCUCUCCAUCAGACGAAGAGCCUCUUUGUGCAGAGACAAAGAUGACUGCUGCUACCCACAUAAUUUUGAAGGAGAAGGCCCGUCACAGGAGGAAGGACGUUAUUUUCAUGAACACAAUCACCACAUGCAACAGGAUAAUCCAAUCUAUGGCAACAUCAGCACAGACAGACCAGAAAUUUGCUACGAGAUGAUGAACAUGCAACAAACAAGAAAUCAUUUGAAGCCUUUGGAGACUGACCUGAAUUAUGCCUCACUGGAUUUGAAGUUGGCAAAGAAACGCAAGAGGAAGUAUCAACGUCAGGAUCAGCUGCAGGCUCACCUCACACCCACCACGAAUAGUUUCUUGGAGGUGGACAGAGACAUGGAUGCUAACCUUCCUCCCAGAGACACCAGCACCAUGGUCUCACACAGCAGCAUCUACCUGAACAGCCAACAGAUUGCCCAAGAGACGGAGGAGAUGGGGAGAGAAAGGAGUAUGAACAGGGAAUGGAAGGACGUGGGAUGGGGAGGAAUUGAAAAGCAGGAGGACGGGGGAACGACAGAAUUGAGAGGAGAGCAAGAGAGUGAGAGAGGGGCUGUUGGGAAUGGGACUGUGUGUAUACAGGGUACUAAGAGAGAUUCAGAUAAUUUCACAAGCAGCUACUGCCAAGGUAGUGAAUGA